AUGAAGGAGUUAAAUAAUAUUUUGAUAGCUAGAAGUUGUAUACCUGACUAUAAUAAAAACAGUAAAUUCAUUGAGAGGGAUGGAGAAAAAUAUAUGUAUGAAAAGAAUGAUGAGACUAUGGUAGGAGGGUUAUAUCAAAAAAAUAAAACAAACAUUUUUUCGUUUCUUAUGAAAAUUUUUAUUGUGAUUCAGAUAGUAUGGAUAUUUCAAUUUUCGGCUAUAAGCAGUGUUGAGGCAGCAGAAAUUGAAAAUUUUACAAAUUUUAAUAGCAAUGAUAUUGUAAGAAACGGCAGAAUAUUAAUGGCUGGUUUAUUAAAAGACUCUUUGUCUUCAAACUAUGAAACAUUAGAAAAAAAUGUUAUGGCCAAACUUGAGAACAUUUAUACAACUCAAAGUAAACAUAUUGGAUCUAAAAUAUUAGGAUUUUUUCAAAAACUUGAUUUACUUUUUGAAAGAGAGAUUAUAAGAAUAUUAAAAUAUAUAGAAAAAGAGAAAGAGAAACCAAUUAAAAAUGGUAUUCAAUUUUUUAAAAGUUUGAAGGUAUUUUUUUCAGGAUUGAAAUUAUUCUCCGCACCAAUCAUAGCAGCAGUUAAUUCAUUAUUAAUAUAUUAUUUUAAACCCCAAUUAAUUAAUAUAGCUGUAACGAUUGGAUUAAACAUUAUACCAACUAUUAGCUUUGGCUAUGUGUUAUACAAAAUAUACAAAGUAAAUUCAAAAUUGCAAAAAAAGAAAUCGAGAUUCUUUUUCUAA